UUUCACAAAAACUCUCAGUUGUAGCAAAGAUGAACAUCAAGUCUUUUAUCUUUGUGUUCUCCUAUGCUAUGCUUCUUAUCUCUAUUAUGGCAAUUGAGCCUUAUGAAGAUGAGAAAACAUAUGGUGAAAUAGAGAACUCAGAGAGAAACAUUGAACGACGUGACAGUCGAUACAAAAACAAUGCUGCUUGCAGUGAUGGAAUUGUCGUAGACAAUGGUGGAGACAACCCACUAUUUCCCGACUGCGAAAAAGAGGGCGGAAUGGGACACGAGGGCGGAGGUGGAAAGGGGGGGUGUGCCGGAGGAGAGGGUGGUGAUGGAAAAGAUGGAGGCAAAGGAAAAGGGAGUUGUGGUGGAGGACCCCCUGACAUAACUUUUCCAGGUAGUGCAAAUGGAGGUGGUAGUGGAAACGUCAUUUCUAUUCACAACAGCAGAAAGAUGGGUGAUCUGGGACACAAGUCAUACGUGGACAAAACAUUCAUGAAAAACUAAAUGUAUAUAUACAUGUAUGAUGUAUACACAAUGACACAAUAUAUAAUGUAAUAAAUGUAAAAUAAGUCUUGGACCAUGAA